GUCGGCGGAAGAUGCAGAAAUCCAUGCCAAUUUUCCAUUUUUCCUCCUGUUUCCGUAUUAUUUUUUUCGCUCGGAUCACAUGGAAUACGUUGAAUUCAAAAAAAAAGAAAGAAAAAGAGAUGGCUUGGUCGAAGCUAGCGUUGAUUAACAGAUGGGAACUGGACUCUCUCUCUCUCUCUCUCUCUCUGUCUCUCUGUCCCUCUUUGUCUCUUUCUCACAGAACAUCAGAGCGCGUUGCCAAAACAGCUUAGAUUUCAUCGACUGUGUUUUCUUUUUUAUUUUAAUCUUUGUUGCUUUAAUUUGGUGUUUCCCCUUUCUGGGUUUCUCUUGUUUGCCAUUAUCGUACGGUCGCUGUAGCGAGGAGAAAAGAAGCGUAUGCUAAAGAGACGGUGAUGGUAAUGGAUACGGGGAAGGUGAAGGAUGGGCCUACUGCUUGAAUUUUGGCGGGCAGCAACGGUCACUUUCAAUGAUUUUUUUCCCUCUGUUGGUGCCGGUGGCUCCCUCUUAACACUGACCCAUCUAAUCAGUCUUGCAACUUGCUCAUACAGAGAAAGAGAGGGGGAGAGAGAGAGAGAGAUUGGUUUUUGGGUAGUCGGGUUCAGAUGGUGAUCUUUCUCUUAUGAGAGAAAGGCAGUCAAAGCAAAUAAAUCCGGUUGUUGGGUUGCGAAGAUCUUCUCUUGUGUUUCAGUUUCUGCAUCUUCUUUUGCUUUUUUCGGCGGUGGAGCUGAAUAAUUAGUUGAAGGGGAUCGUAGAUCUCAUUCAUAUGAAGAGAUCUUUCCUUCUGUUGUAUGUGCUUCUGGUCCUGGAAUUGCUAGAUGGAGCUCUGUGGGCUGUGGAAGGCAGCCUUCAUUGUGAGUACUUGGACUUGAAUUCAGGGAGUUUUGUCCGGCCUCAUAGCGUCUCCAUAACCGAGUUUGGAGCUGUUGGAGAUGGGGUGGCCUUGAACACUAAAGCCUUUCAGAAUGCAAUGUUCUACCUCAAUUCUUUCUCUGAUAAAGGUGGUGCCAAGCUUUUUGUACCCUCUGGCCGGUGGUUAACCGGAAGUUUCGAUCUCAUCAGUCAUCUCACUCUAUGGCUAGAUAAGGGCGCUACCAUUCUCGGGUCAAUGGACCCGGGUGAUUGGCCAGUUGUUGAUCCAUUACCAUCAUAUGGGCGAGGAAGGGAGUUGCCCGGGGGAAGGCAUAGGAGUCUUAUAUAUGGCCAAAACCUGACAGAUGUGGUUAUAACAGGUGAGAAUGGUACAAUCGAUGGCCAAGGAAGUGUAUGGUGGGAUUGGUUUAGAAAUGGAGAGCUGAAUUAUACGAGACCGCAUCUUGUUGAGCUGGUGAACUCAACUGGUGUAGUAGUCUCCAACCUGACAUUCUUGAACUCACCCUUCUGGAACAUCCACCCAGUGUACUGCAGUGAUGUUGUUGUAAAGAAUCUCACUAUCUUGGCUCCACUUGAAUCUCCAAAUACAGACGGAGUCGAUCCAGAUUCAUCCAAUGAUGUUUGCAUAGAGGACUGCUAUAUAGUGACAGGAGAUGAUCUUGUUUCCAUAAAAAGCGGAUGGGAUGAGUAUGGAAUAUCGUAUGCACGUCCAAGCACUAGGAUCAAGAUCAGCCGUUUGACCGGGCAAACUACUUCCAGUUCAGGCAUCGCCAUUGGAAGCGAAAUGUCAGGGGGAGUGUCCGAAAUCCACGUAGAAGACGUACAUUUAUACAACUCAAAGACAGGUAUAAGAAUCAAGACAUCCCCGGGGAGAGGAGGAUAUGUAAGGAACGUUUACGUAUCGAACGUGAAGCUGGAGAAUGUAAGUAUCGCCAUUCGGUUCACGGGGCAAUACGGGGAACACCCAGAUGGAAAAUACGACCCGAAAGCCUUUCCCUUGAUCGAAAAGAUCACGUUUGAGAAUUUUACAGGGGACAGCAUCGGAGUUGCAGGUCUCUUUCAAGGUAUCGAGGGAGAUGAGUUCAAGAAUAUCUGUCUGGUUAAUGUUUCUCUGCAAGUGAAGAGCUCGAGGAAAUCGCCAUGGAAGUGCUCGUAUGUUCGAGGGUAUUCUCAGUGGGUUUCGCCUGACAUCACUUGCGAUCCUCUGCAAGAAACCAUAUUUCCUGAUCAUAGUUCAGACUGUUACGGUCUUAAGAAUGUUCUCCAGAGAUCGGGCAGCCAAAGCAGAAGAUCCUGGUUGCUGUCUUGGUAAGUACAAGAACCACUUGCUUGGUUGUGAAGAAAUCAAUUCUCCUUUCUUUCUUUUUCUUUUCCGUGAAGGAUUUCGAUUUUAGAGAUGGGAAAUUUUUUAUUCUUGGGUUGAUGAAUUUUGUUUUUUCUUUUUCUUUUUUCCCUAUUUUUCUGUAAUUCUGUAUGCAGUGAAGAAAAUAAUCCGAGUGAUUUCCCAUAUGUGAGGAUUUUUUUUUUAUUUUGGAAACAGUUUUUAUGGAUU